UGUACCCCUUUAGUUGAGCAUUUCUGGCUCGUCGGAUAUUUCCCCAGAUAUUUUUUCGGGCCUGCGUCAUUCUUUGCCUUACUUCUAGGCAAGUGAGUGUUCUGGACUCAUGUGGUGGUGAGAAAUACAGAGGUCGUAUUUUCCAUCCUCUUCAUGGAUAUUCCUUCUGAUUACUUAAAAACAGUUUCGUCUCAACUGCCCUUCCUCUGCAUCUCGUGCCUUGUGGUUGUUCCCACAAGUGUCGCCGGGAUCCUCGUGGCAUUCUUGAAUACCGCCGCCACGAUUCACCCCUCGCAGCAUGGACGAUGACCCGGGCGCCGCUGAGGAUGAGAGAACGACUGAACUCUCUUCUAUAGCGGCAAUCUUUCCAGAACUUGUCAUCGACCCAUCCAACCCCUAUAUUGCAACCCUCGAGCUUGGAGUAACACCUAUACAACCACUACGGCUCCUGUUCAAAUCAGCGGAGACUGGAGUACCACCUGCGGUGUUGACGCCACCAUCGUCCUCUGAUCAAGAUGAAGGUGACUUCCCUUCGAAACAGUCAGUCUCACAGCAGACUCCUCUAGAAGCCCACGAACUCUCACAUCUCCCCCCCCUCUCACUUCGAAUCAGUCUUCCAGAAGGCUAUCCAGAGGAAAUCCCACCAACGGUGUCUAUCUCUGCGACACCACCAUGGCUGCCUCAGGCUAUACUCAAGAAACUGAGGGACGACUGCUCGAGGCUGUGGGAAGAGAUAGGGAAGGACCAGAGUGUUUACACAUACAUUGACCAUGUACAACAAGAGGCAGAGAACGCGUUUGGACUUGCCGGAUCAACCGACUUUCGAAUUCCUGCAGAUCUGAAGCUUGCACUGUUGGACUUUGAUCUCCAGGCCAAACGCCAACAAUUUGAAAGAGGCACCUUUGACUGUGGCGUGUGUCUGGAGCCUAAGAAGGGUCUUCACUGUCACAAGAUGCUUCAAUGCGGUGAUGUUUUCUGUGUUGCUUGCUUGCAGGACUUCUACAAAAGCUGUAUCACGGAGGGCGAUGUGGACAGUGUCAAAUGUCUCUCCCCAACAUGUGGCAAGGACGAGAGUCAGACACCGGGUAUGAACGGCCAAAUAUCGAAAAGACGAAAACACGAUCGUACACUUAAUCCCAGUGAGUUGCUACAGAUCCCCAUCGAACAGGAGUUGGUCCAAAGAUACGUCCGUCUGAAGCGGAAAAAGAGGCUGGAGGCAGAUCCGGAUACGAUCUACUGUCCGCGGCAAUGGUGUCAGGGUGCCGCUCGGUCCAAGAAACAUCCCAAGCCGAAUGACCCUUUGAAUGGUGUUACUGCCAGCGGCUCCGAAUCAGAAGAGGAAGCACAUUCACCGAAAAGCAAGAAGAAGAAAAAAAAGAAGUAUGACCUCGAAGGACUCCCGAUGUCUGAGCGCCUCUCCGUCUGCGAAGACUGUGAUUACGCCUUUUGCUGUGUCUGCCGAAAAGGAUGGCAUGGCGAACUGGCUCGUUGUAGUCCACGUCGGCAAAAGGAGCUCGACGAGGAGGAGGCUGCAUCUCUGGCGUACAUGCAAAAGUACUCGACACCUUGUCCGACAUGUAACGCACCGUGCCAAAAGACCAUGGGUUGCAAUCACAUGAUUUGUUUCCGAUGCAAGUCGCACUUCUGUUACCUGUGCUCGGCGUUUCUCAUGCCAGAAAACCCAUAUACUCAUUUCAAUGAUCCCACAAGCUCAUGUUACAUGAGACUAUGGGUUCUUGAGGCCGGUGAUGGCGAGGGCGUUGAUAUCCAAGCGUUUCACCAUCCCGAAUUGGCCGAGUGGCAUGUAGAAGUUGACUCAGACACGGAGUCUGAAGACGAGCUGCCUCCUGAGGAUUUCCGCGCUUUUCGUGGGAAUAGGCCGUUUGCUGACGAAGUUGACUCGACCGACGACGAAGAGCCUGCACCAGAUCAGCGACGAAACCGCAACGUCAUCGAAAUUGUGAAUUUUGCACGUCCCGGCGGAGAGAAUGCACAAAGAAUUGCCUUGCCGGAUCGACCUCGCCUCGCUGAACGCCCACCACCUGCCGCGCCCAAUCGACCAAGAGCCAUGCUGCAUGGUAGAGGCCGUGGUCAUCAAGACAGACGGCCGCGCGGUAUGAGAAACGGCCAAGGGCAAGGUGGUGGAGAUCGUCAACGGCGUCCCCAAGCAGGUCAGCAGAGAAUAGUCGACGAGGUGCAAGUACCAGUAGAGGCCGAAGCCGUUGUGGUUAAUGAUGACGUGGGACAUCAGGAUGGCGAGAUGCCUAUUCUCCCACACGCGGCGCCAGGUCAAGGUAAUCACCCCAACGGUGCCUUCGCAGCUGGUCCCGGUCGAGCCAUGGGCCUAGAACGGUUUCUGCAGCUUGCGUUGCAGGACCAGGAAGAUGAAUGGGACAGUGAUGAGCUUGAUGAGGAUCUCGACGAACUAGUUCUGGCCGGGCCAAGAAGGAACCUGGGUCGAAACCAGUGGUGGUGACAAGAAGAACCUGGAGCUUGUUACUUUCAGUUUACAUAUGAGCUGUACAAAGAGGGAUAGAGAGUGAGCGAUUUGGUUUUGGUUUGAUUUCUCAAGCGAGCGUUUGUAGAACCCCAGACUAUUCUUUGACAACAGCUAAAACGCCAUGGCACAUUGGGAAUGGGAAGAUGAUGAGACAUGAGAAUGAAUAUGAAUGAAAAGAAUAUCUAAGUAAAUGAGCUGCAUUGUAUAUAGUCGUUUUUGAACAUACUUGAAUAUACUUUGUGCUUGGCUCGCGCUUUUCUCUCUGGGUGUCUACGUUGUCUUCCAGUGUUGAUUUUGUUCGUGUGCCUCUCCAACGGGCAAGGGAGUUGGGUUGUUUUUUUGUACUUGUACAGGGC